CCUGUUAUACGUGCUCUGAUAAGAGAUGUUAUUGACACCUAAUUAGUUGCAAAAUAUUGGCGCUGCAAGAACUUCGAUUUGGGUAUUUAAGUAGAAUGCUAAAAUGCUUCAUUCACAGUUUGUUGUGAACAAUUCAACAUGAGGGCAGCAAUAGUUUUGGCACUUAUCGGUACAGUUUUGGCUGCUCCGCCACUCAGGCUGACGCCGAAGCAAGAUAGUGAACAUGAUCAGUACGCUCAUAUAUUUGCGAAGGUACGGCCACCAGGCCAGAAGCACCAGAACAUGGAGCUUGAAUUCCAGCCAGAGCACCACAACUCUCAGUCGAGCAACCAGGUCGAAACGGAAAUCCAGCAUGUGGAGCACAAGCAGCCUCAGCACCUGGAACAUGGGAUCAAGGAGCAGAGUUCUUCUCCAAUUUCUCAGUUGGAGUCGAGACCUACUCACACCUUGGACUUUGAGAUCAAGCCGGUGGAGCAGAAGCCACCUCAGCGAGUGGAGUUUGAGGUGAAGCCGCAGCACGACCAGAAUUCUCCCCAGGGGCAUUUGGUUUCAUUGGGCGUCAAGCCAGUGGAGCAGAAGCCUCCUCAGCACUUGGAGGUCGAGAUUAAGCAACAGCAACAUUCUUCGCCAAAUCACCAGGUGGAACUGGAAAUCAAGCAGGUGGAACAGAAGCCUCCCCAGCACUUGGAGGUCGAGAUCAAGCCGGUUGACCAGAAGCCACCUCACCGUCUGGAGCUUCAAGUCCAGCAGCAGGAGCAGCACCAGAACUCCGAGCACGGACAUUUGGUUGCUUUGAGACCUGUGGAGCAGAAGCCCCAACACAUCGAUCAUGAGCUGAAGAAUUCCCACAAAAUCGAUCUGGAAAUUGCUGAGGAGCAUGAGCCCAUGGCAUCCCAACUCCAGAACCAGCAUUUCAACCUCAGUCUGCACCAAUAGAA